AUGGGCACACACAUCUCCAAGAUCAAGUCCAUCACCCUCGACUCUUGGACACCUGAGCAGAUCCAGGUUAUGGUUCAGCAUGGCAACAGGAAAGUGCAAGAGAUGUACAACCCCACCAAUGCUCUGCCUCCUCCGAAUGCCAGCGAUGGGGAAAUCGAGUACUUUAUCCGAACAAAAUACGAAAAAAGGACUCUGGCCAACCCCGGGGCACGCAGCAAGAACUAUGUCGAGCCCCCCACCCAAGCCGAGCUCAGCAUGUACUCUUACCAGAUCAAGACGCUUGCGGGGAUGGGCUUUACGGACCAAAACAAGUGCGUCUAUGCUCUCAAGCGGGCCAAGGGUGCCCUGGACCAAGCCGUCGACAUUCUCGUGAAUAUGGCCGAUGCGUCUGCCUCGGGCUCUCCCAACCCGGCUCCAAACACAAGCCAGUCUGGCCCUUCGACAGAUGCGCGCGAGGCCCUCAUGAGAGUCCUGGACGAUGCUAUCGCCAAGCUGCGUGCCAUGGGCUUCAGCGACAGCGAGGAGUGCAAACAGGCUCUAAGACAGGCCAACGGCUCCAUCGAAGCGGCCGCCAACAUCCUCCUCGACCAGAAGCGACGCCGAUCUUCGCUCAACCAGAACGCCAUUGCCGCUGCCAGAUCAGUUGCUGCAGCGCCUCAGAUGGACCUGUUUGGUUCGAUUGCCGAGCAUCCCGAGAGCGGAUUCGCUGGCGAUCCCUUUGGCCAGGCCACAACCUUCCAGCAAGGACCACAGCAGCAGCAGCAGUUUGCCUCUCAGCAACAACAGCAAUUUGCACCGCAGCUGCCAAGACCCACCUCGGCAUCCCACAGCCGUCAAUCGAGUCGACAGCCCUAUGGCCAACAAGCCCCGCAGCAGGCCCAGCAACAGUAUGCGUUUGCCCAGCAGGCCUCGCCGCAGCAGCAACAGCAGCAGCAAUUGGCCUUCCAGCAGCAGCAGUUUCUUCAACAGCAAGCUCAGCAGCAGCAGCAGCUCCUCCUCCAGCAACAGGCCCAGCAGCAGCUCCUACAGCAACAACAAGCAAACUCAGGCCCCCAGGCGCUUUUCCAGCAGGCCGGCGAUCCGUUUUCUUCGGCCGCAGCAGUGCAGCCCAAGUCCCAGCUUAAUGACUUGGAAUCGCUCUUUGCUGCACCCGCAUCCAACCAAACGGCCGCCCCAGCCCAAGGGGCUGGUGCAGACAAGGCAUCCAUCAUGUCUCUCUUCCGAGCCAACCCGCAGCAACCCGCGGCCAGCGGCGCAUUUGUUCCAAGCGGGGCCCAAAUGCCCAUAAAUCCCUUUGGAACCCAAGCCACUGUUCCUCAGCAGCAAAACCCCUUUGCCACUGCCCCGGUCCAGGCUCAGCAAAAUCCAUUUGCAUCCCCGGGCGUCGGCACCGGCGGCUUUGGUGGCGCUCAGCAGUUCGCUCAGCAGCAGAACCAAGUGCCCCUCCAGCCCGCGCGGACAGGAAGCCCUUUUGUCGCGGCCGUCGGUGCAAAUCCCCUGCAGCCAUCUCCCUCGAUGGUACCUCGCAGCUUCACAUCCUCGCCAUCCACAAACAGCAUUGCGAUGAUGGGCGGCAGCCCCGCAGACCUUCAACAAGCCACAACCGCUGGUUUGGCUAAUAACGGUCGAGGAACCUUUGGCAACCCCUUCGGAAACAGUAACGUCCAUGCAAACGCCUUUGCCAGCCUCGAUCCGCUCAGUGGCCGAGCCACCCCGCAGCCUCAGCAGCCGCAACCCACUCCCCCUCAGCCGUCGCUUCAAUCGAUGAUGAAGAAUCCGUUUGGACUGUAAGGCCUGAUGCUACUACCAAAGUAGCCCAACCUGGCCACGCUGCUCGCUCUGUUCAGCAUGCGAUCGAGUUGGCCGUCAACACUUUCGCCGUGAUCCGCAACUGCUUUGCGCAUCUACUCCUAUAAAACACACCUGCUCUGAUCCCCGCGAGGUAUUGCCCGCUCCCCCUCCCCACCAGCACUUCGUAUCUACCAUUGCCCUUCGAUCAUCCUGGCUCUCCU